GGAUUAGGCUCAUGAUGUGCAUUUGGUGGCAGGGCUCCCUUUGGGACAGCACAUGUCUGGACCAACCCUACACAGGAGUUGGGGCUGGAAGAAAUUGCAGCAUGUCAUCGAAGAGAGUGCCAUUUUACCAGAGAAGGCAUAAACACUUUGAUCAGUCCUACCGCAACAUUCAGACAAGAUACUUGCUCCAAGAAUAUGCAGCCAGAAAGGUCGCUUCUAGACAGGCAGCUUCAUUUAAGUCCUCUGCCAGUACAGAAAGAACUACAUGUAGGCUCUGUGCCAGGAGGUUACACACUUCAGCCGAAGAAGAGUCACAAGAAUACAGGAAAAGGACUCAUGAGCAAAAGUCUGAUAUAAGUGAAGAGAGGAGGAUCCGGUUUGCCGCCAAUUUGGCUGAUGUGGAAGAAGAGCUUCGUUCAGCCAGGCUCCUUGCAAGAGAACAUCUGGAUAGAGUUACCAUACAAAGGAUGGUAGAAGAACAAAUGGCCUUGGAAAGAUACACCAUUGAAGAAAGUAUAAGUCGAGCUCCUGAAAUUUUGGUACGACUGAGGUCUCAUACUGUUUGGGAAAAAAUGUCUGUGAGGCUUUACUUCACUGUACAAGGAUUUCCUACCCCUGUUGUACAAUGGUAUAAAAAUGAGGAAUUGAUUUCGCCUGCAAGUGAACCAGGAAAGUACAGCAUCGAAAGCAAAUAUGGAGUGCAUAUGCUGGAGAUACACAGAGCUAAUUUUGAUGAUACUGCUACCUAUACAGCAGUUGCAACAAAUGUCCAUGGGCAGGUGUCAACCAAUGCUGCUGUGGUUGUGAGGAGGUUCAGAGGGGAUGAAGAGCCAUACCCUGGUGGGAUAUUACCCAUCAAUUUGCCCCUGCCAUCAGAAGUUUGCUUCACCCAUAUUGAUGUUCAGUUUUUGGAGAAGUUUGGUGUCACCUUUGGGAUGGAAGGCGAAACAGUUACCCUCAAAUGUGCUUUGCUGAUCACUCCGGAUCUGACUAGGCUUCGACCUCGUGCUGAAUGGUACAGAGAUGAUGUGCUAAUAAAAGACUCCAAGUGGACGAAAAUGUACUUUGGAGAAGGCCAGGCAGCACUGUCUUUCACGCAUCUGAACAAGGAUGAUGAAGGCUUAUACACCCUGCGCAUAAUCACAAAAGGAGGGGUGACUGAGUACAGUGCAUUCAUGUUUGUCAGAGAUGCUGACGCAUUAAUUGCUGGGGCACCCGGGGCACCAAUGGAUGUUAAAUGCUAUGAUGCUAACAGAGAUUAUGUCAUUGUAACCUGGAAACCACCAAAUACAGCAAGUGAGAGUCCAGUCAUAGGAUAUUUUGUUGACAGAUGUGAAGUGGGUACUGAAAACUGGGUCCAGUGCAAUGAUGCUCCACUAAAAAUCUGCAAAUACCCUGUAACUGGACUGUUUGAGGGACGGUCUUACAUAUUCCGUGUGAGAGCAGUGAACAAGUCGGGUAUUAGCAGGCCGUCUAGAGUUUCUGAAGCAGUUGCAGCUCUUGAUCCUGUUGACUUAGACAGAUUACAAACUGUUCAUCUGGAUGGAGGCAGAGACAUUGUAAUAUAUCAGGAUGACCUUGAAGGCGAUGUUCAGAUUCCAGGACCUCCCACCAAUGUACAUGCUUCAGAAACCAGCAAAACAUAUGUUGUACUCAGCUGGGAGCCACCUGUUCCCCGUGGCAAAGAGCCAUUAAUGUAUUUCAUUGAGAAGUCUGCGGUUGGCAGUGGAAGCUGGCAAAGGGUCAAUGCCCAGGUUGCAGUGAGAUCUCCUCGCUAUGCAGUGUUUGAUCUUGCAGAAGGAAAAUCAUAUGUUUUCCGAGUCUUGUCAGCAAACAAGCAUGGCAUUAGCGAUCCUUCUGAAACAACACCACCAAUUCAAGCACAAGAGACCAUUGGUGUCCCAUCUGCUCCUGGCCGUGUACUGGCAACAAGAAAUACAAAAACAUCAGUUGUAGUACAGUGGGACAAGCCAAAACACGAAGAAGAUCUGUUUGGCUACUAUAUUGAUACUUCUGUGGUGGGAACAAACCACUGGGAACCUUGCAAUCAUAAACCUAUUAAAUAUAAUAGGUUUGUGGUUCAUGGUCUGACAACUGGAGAGAAUUACAUCUUUCGUGUGAAAGCUGCGAAUGCUGUGGGAGUCAGCGAAAAUUCUCAAGAAUCUGAAGCUAUAACAGUACAGGCAGCCCUCAGAGGGAGUGUACCUCACAUUGCCUGUCCAUCACAUCCUUAUGGCCUCACACUCCUUAACUGUGAUGGCCACUCAAUGACUCUCGGGUGGAAACUGCCAAAGUUCAGUGGAGGAUCACCAGUCCUUGGUUAUUAUCUAGACAAGAGGGAGGCUCAUCACCAUAACUGGCAUGAAGUCAAUUCUUCCCCUGUUAAGGAGAGAAUUUAUACGGCAGAGGAUUUGACAGAAAACUCCUUCUAUGAAUUCAGAGUCGCUGCUACAAACCUGGCUGGUAUAGGCCUUCCCUCAGAUCCCAGUGAGCACUUUAUGUGUAAAGCUUGGACCAUGCCAGAACCUGGGCCUGCCUAUGAUCUGACAUUCUGUGAAGUUAGGAAUUCAUCUUUGGUACUUCUGUGGAAAGCACCUGUGUACAGUGGUAACAGUCCUGUUACUGGGUAUUUUGUGGACUAUAAGGAAGUAGAUUCAGAAGAGUGGACCACCGCUAAUGAAAAACAAAUUUCACACUGUUACUUAAAGGUCAAUGAUUUACAUGAGGGCAAAACCUAUGUUUUCAAAGUCCGUGGAGUGAAUAAAGCCGGUAUGGGCAAAUCAUCUGAUAUUUCUGAGCCAGUGCUUAUCGAGGCAAGACCAGGAACCAAAGAAAUUACUGCAGAUGUGGAUGAAGAAGGUAAUAUUUACCUAGCUUUUGAUUGCCCAGAAGUUACAGAGGCAUCAGAUUUUACUUGGUGUAAAUCCUAUGAAGAGAUUACUGAUCUUGAUAAGUUUAAUGUUGAAACAACUGGAGAGCAUUCUAAGUUGUACUUCAAAAAUCCUGAUAAAAUGGACUUGGGAACCUAUUCUGUAGCUGUUAGUGACACAGAUGGCAUCUCAUCCAGCUUUAAAAUGGAUGAGAAAGAGCUUGAACGUCUGAUGACACUAAGCCAUGAUAUAAAGAACCCAACAAUUCCUCUGAAAUCAGAAUUAGCUUAUGAGAUGUUUGAUAAAGGAGAGGUUCGUUUCUGGGUUCAAGCUGAGAGUUUGUCACCAAAUGCCAGCUUCAGAUUUGUUGUUAAUGAUAAAGAAGUUGUAAACAGCGACCGCCAUAGAAUUAAGUGUGACUAUUCAAAUGGCAUUAUUGAGAUGCUGAUGGACCAAUUUACAAUUGAAAAUGAAGGAACUUACACUCUACAAAUUGAAGAUGGAAAUGCAAAGAACCAGUCUUCAUUAGUUCUCAUUGGAGAUGCAUUCAAGGCUGUAUUGGCUGAGGCUGAGCUCCAGAGAAAGGAGUAUCUCAGGAAACAAGGUCCUCAUUUUCUGGAGUAUUUACACUGGGAAGUUACAGAAGAUUGUGAGGUUUUACUUGUUUGUAAGGUGGCAAACACUAAGAAGGAGACAUCUUUCAAAUGGUACAAGGAUGGUUCUGGGCUUGAGGUUAAAGAGUUGCCUGAUUUACAGAAAGGAGUGUGCCAGCUAACUAUUCCAAGGCUGUCUAAAAAGAAUCAAGGUGAAUAUAAGGCAACAGUGUCAGAUGACCGAGGUCAGGAUGUGACUACUCUUGAUAUAUCAGGAAAAGUGUUUGACGAUAUAAUCCUGGCAAUGAGCAGGGUCAUUGGUAAAUCUGCUUCUCCACUGAAGGUCCACUGCACUCCAGAAGGAAUAAGACUUCAAUGUUUCCUGAAGUACUAUGCAGAUGAAAUGAAAGCUAACUGGUAUCAGAGGGAGUCUAAGGUUUCUUCUGGUGAAAAGAUGAGGAUUGGAGGUAGUGAAGAGGUUGCCUGGCUGCAGAUAUGUGAGCCCACUGAAAAGGACAAAGGGAAAUACACCUUUGAAAUUUUUGAUGGCAAAGAAUCCCAUAAGCGCAUGCUUGAUCUAUCUGGACAAGCUUUUGAUGAUGCAUAUGCAGAAUUCCAGCGACUCAAGGCAGUGGCUUUUGCUGAGAAGAAUCGUGGUAAAGUGAUAGGAGGUUUGCCCGAUGUGGUGACUAUAAUGGAAGGCAAGACUUUGAAUCUGAGCUGUUCUGUAUUUGGAAAUCCUGAUCCUGAAGUGGUAUGGCUUUGGAAUGACAAGAAAUUUGAAGUUAAUGAACAUUAUUUAGUUUCAAUGGAGCAUGGAAACGUUGCCAGCUUUACAAUCAAGGGAGUGUCCUCAGAGGACUCAGGCAAAUAUAGCAUCAAUGUCAAGAACAAGUAUGGUGGGGAAACAGUGGAUGUUACUUACCAAUUAAUGAAGUAUGGAGAUCUUGAAGAAAAAAUCUGCUCUUGAAACCAUUAUCAACUUUCAACCAGAUGCCGCAACAUGUCUGCUUGUUCCCUCAUAAUCCGAAGCAUCUCAUCCUGUGCCGCAUUGGAAACUUUCCUGCUCUCCAUGUCCAUGUCUAACUUCUCAGACAGUGAAAUCCUCCAUGCUCUCAGCUCUGCAUCAGUUGUCCCAGAGGCGUUCAUUAUCUCAGUGAACAUAGAAUCAUAUGUUCAUGUUCGGCAUGCAUCCGAAGAAGUGGGUAUCCACCCAUGAAAGCUCAUGCUCCUAUACGUCUGUUAGUCUAUAAGGUGCCACAGGACUCUUUGCUGCUUUUAUACAAUCAUAGAAUCAUAAAUAUUACGGUUGAAAGAGACCUCAGGAGGUCAUCUAGUCCAACCCUCUGCUCAAAGUAGGGCCAACGCCAACUAAAUCAUCCCAGCCAGGGCUUUAUCAAGUCGGACCUUGAAAACCUCUAAGGAUGGAGAUUCCACUACCUCCCUAGGUAACCCAUUCCAGUGCUUCACCACCCUCCUAGUGAAAUAGUGUUUCUAAUAUCCAACCUAGGUCUCCCCCACUGCAACUUGAGACCAUUGCUUCUUGUUCUGUCAUCCGUCACCACUGAGAACAGCCUAGCUCCAUCCUGUUUGGAACCUCCCCUCAGGUAGUUGAAGGCUGCUAUCAAAUCCCCCCUCACUCUUCUCUUCUGCAGACUAAAUAACCCCAGUUCCCUCAGCCUCUCCUCGUAAGUCAUGUGCCCCAGCCCCCUAAUAAUUUUCGUUGCCCUCCGCUGGACUCUCUCCAAUUUGUCCACAUCCCUUCUGUAGUGGGGGGACCAAAACUGGACACAAUACGCCAGGUGUGGCCUCACCAGUGCCAAAUAGAGGAAAAUAAUCACUUCCCUCGAUCUCCUGGCAAUGCUUCAACUAAUACAGCCCAAUAUGCUCUUGGCCUUCUUGGCAACAAGGGCACACUGCUGACUCAUAUCCAGCUUCUCGUUUACUGUAAUCCCCAAGUCCUUUUCUACAGAACUGCUGCUUAGCCAGUUGGUCCCCAGCUUGUAGCACUGCAUGGGAUUCUUCCUUCCUAAGUGCAGUAUUCUGCACUUGUCCUUGUUGAACCUCAUCAGAUUUCUUUUGGCCCAAUCCUCCAAUUUGCCUAGGUCACUCUGGAUCCUAUCCCUACCCUCCAGCGCAUAUACCUCUCCCCCCAGCAUGCAAUUCAUCCCAUCAUCCAGGUCAUUAAUAAAGAUGUAGAACAAAACCAGCCCCAGGACCAACCCCUGGGGCACUUCGCUUGAUACUGGCUGCCAACUAGACAUCAAGCCGUUGAUCUCUACCCAUUGAAUCCGACAAUCUAGCCAGCUUUCUAUCCACCUUAUAGCCCAUUCAUCCAUUCCAUACUUCUUUAACUUGCUGGCAAAAAUACUGUGGGAGACCGUAUCAAAAGCUUUGCUAAAGUGAAGGUAUAUCACAUCCAUCGCUUUCCCCACAUCCGCAGAGCCAGUUAUCUCAUCAUAGAAGGCAAUACAGUUGGUCAGGCAUGACUUGCCCUUGGUGAAUCUAUGUUGACUGUUCCUGAUCACUUUCCUCUCCUCCAAGUGCUUCAAAAUGGAUUCCUUGAGGGCCUGCUCCAUGAUUUUGCGAGGGAAUGAAGUGAGGCUGACUGGUUUGUAGUUCCCCAGGUUCUCUUUCUUCCCUUUUUUAAAGAUGGGCGCUAUAUUUGCCUUUUUCCAAUCGUCCAGGACCUCCACCGAUCACCAUGAGUUUUCAAAGAUAAUGGCCAAUGGCUCUGUAGUCACAUCAGCCAACUCCCUCAGCACCUUUGGAUGCAUUAGAUCUGGACCCAAGGACUUGUGCAUGUCCAGCUUUUCUAAAUAGUUCUUAAUCUGUUCUUUCACCACUGAGGGCUGCUCACCUCCUCCCCAUACUGUGUUGCCCAGUGCAGCAGUCUGGGAGCUCACCUUGUCUGUGAAGACUGAGGCAAAAAAAAGCAUUGAAUACUUGAGCUUUUUCCACAUCAUGUCACUAGGUUGCCUCCCCCAUUCAAUAAGUGUCACCAUCUCCCAGCAAACCUAGUUUAAAGCCCUCCUCACUAUGUUAGCAAGCCUGCCUGUGAAGAUGCUCUUCCCUCUCUCCACUAGGUGGAUCCCAUCUCUUCCUAGCAAUCCUUCUUCCUGGAACAACAUCCCCUGGUCGAAGAAUCCAAAGCCCUCUCUCCAACACCACCAUCAGCUGUGCUCAAGCUGGCAAGCUCCCAGUACUGAUCAAACAGGAAAUGGGAAUUCAAAAGUUCCUGGGGCUUUAGCAGGGGAGGGGCUGUUUCCUGUGUACCUGGCUGCAGUGCAGCAGAGUUGAGAAUGAUCUCCAGAGCGGUCACAGAUGAGCAUUGUGGGACACCACCUGGAGGUCAUUUAAGUCAAAUUACACAACGCUGCAUCUUCACUACCUCGCAGUCAGCCAAUGAAAAUCGAACUAAGUGCUACGCCUCUCGCAAAGGUGGAUUACAGAAGUCGACAUCAGAAGCAACUUAGGUCGAUGUAAAGGACCCGGUAGUUUCGACCUAACUCUGUAGUGUAGACCAAGCCUGAUUUUCUGUCAUUUUAUGUUGUGCAAGUUUCAUGUUGUGCUUUUCUAGGCAAUCAUACCAUAAUGAAGCAUAGCUGGUUUUUCACAGGAGGUAGAUAAGAUGUCAGCCAGUUGUGCUGAUGGGCCUGAAGUUGCUGCUGGAUCUGUCAUGUUGGCAGACUGUUUCAAGAGUGGCAGGGCUGCCUUUCCUCUGUGCACCUGCUUCCUUGGAAUCAUCUUUGAUUUGUAUGCUGUUUACUUGCUUGAAUACAAGUUCUAUGAAAAUUCCUCUCAAGAUCAAUUUACAGGUAUUUUUUUGGGGAAAAGAUUUUUUUUUAAUGGCUGUAUUUGCCUUUAGUGUAACACUUUCCCCAACCAAUAGGAUUCAUCUGCUCACAUAUGGAGAAAGAGUUUCUAAGAUAAUAGCACUCUAAGUGCUAUUAAUCCACAGAUUGUUUUUAAAGAAAACUUUUGAAAAAUAACAAAACCCUUCUUUCCCACUUUGCAGAAGGAGAAUUAAUCCUCUAGGUGGCACCAAAAGAAUAAGAUAAAAAUGAACAGGUCUUAAAAAAAUUCCGCCAACUCUAGCAUAUCCAUCUUUUUGAUGCAAACACAUCACUUAUGGAAUGGGAGAUUAUUAAAAGCAUUAUGCUUAUGCCUGUGACAAGGACAGGUCCAGCAAAUUCUGUUUCCAGGAAAUAGCAGAUGAUUUUGCAGGCAAUAAUGCUGCCUCUUAAUCUUUGCGUGAUACACUUUAGGAGGAAUAAAACAUUCCUUGCAAGGUAUUACAAGAUUCUUCUGACAUUAAGUGUUUCUUAUGAUAUGAAACAUAUAGAACAUGUGAUGCACCUGAACAGUGUAGUUUGAAGAGGAAGUUUAAAUGAAUACUUAUCAAACCUAGCAGUCUCAGCAGGUUUUCAAAGUACUGUCUCAAAGCUCUGAACAUUUUGCACAGAGGACCAAGUCCUGCUGUUUUUAUUCAGUUCUUACCCAGACAAGACUCCUUUUGAAAUUAAUGUGAGCUUUGCAGGAGUGAAGACUGCAGGAUCUGACUCUAAGCACUGACAUUGCAAGAUGCAGUGAUGUCAAGAUCUGUAACAAACUACUAGUGGUAUAUAUUAAUAUUUCAUUCCUCCUUGGAAUGUGCAGUGGCUCAGUGCCUGCGUUGUCCUUGGAUAUUAGCUCAGGGUUUAUCAGCCUACUACAUUUUAAAAAUAGCAUAUCUGACCUCCGAACACCUUGUUUAUGAACAUUUGAACUUUGUGGCUGAGCAUUAGAGCAUUGUUACCCAGCAAUACACUUCUCAGUGUUUAAAUUAACAUAUCCUGAUUUCCUGUUGUUGCAGCUACUUUGUUUUAUAGUAAUUUGCCAAGUUUUAUACUCUGCCAUUGGUGUGAGUGGAAGAAAAGGACACAGACACUCUAAUUUGGUUAAUGUGGAGCCUGCAACUUUAUUUAAAACUAUUACCUAGCUGAGCUGGAGUAGCUAACCAGCAGGGAUUUUUCUUCUCAACUGUCACCAGGAAGGUGAUUGUAAAGGCCAUGCCCCCUCUGUAUCCUCAGGCCUCCCAUGAGUCCCUGACUAGAAGCUUGAGUCCCAAACUGCUCCCUUCCUCCAUGCUGAGGUGGGAGACAUGAGAUGAGGGAAGCCACAGGCUGUCUACAAGCUGCAUGCUUCUUUUGGUGGCAUGUAUGUAGUGUACAAACUCAUAUAGCCCUAGCAUGGGUAUAAAUAGCAGUGUAGGGGCUUAGUUGAGUAGCAUAAAGACAUGCCUAAAAGGGGUGGGUAUGCAUGCAAAUAAAUACUCUACAGCACUCUACUUUCCCAAGCAGUGCCUCCCUGUCUACACUGAUAUUUUUAGCAAAGGAGUGUCCCGCUGCCUCCACGCGGCCAGAGCCUUUCCUUGCUGCCUCCCCACUGCCGGAGCCUUUCCUUGCUGCAGUGAAAGGCUCUGGCAGCAGGACACCGCUGAAGGCUUUCCCCACUAACUCCCCUUUGCGGGAGCCUUUCACUGACACAUGUAGCGACACACCACAUUGUGGAAGCUGCCUGCUUUCCACUGUGGUGGAUAGCUACACGUACCAUACAUGCUGCCACAAAGGCAACUCCCUUAUCAGCAAUGCUAUGCUCAGGAGCAAUGCCCUAAAGCCCAGUGGGUUACAAGAACCACAUGUGGGGCCGGAUUUUCCAAGGAUCUCAGCUCCCAUUUAGGCAUCUAAAUAAGGACAUCACCUAGCAGAACUCCAGCACCUCAGCUUUCACCCGAUGUGCUGGGCACUUCUGAAAAUCUGGCCACUUAUUUAGGUGCCUAAAUGCACCUGAGCAAUCUUGAAAAUCCAGCCCCAAGUAAAGGCUGAGUCCUUUUGAAAAUUGUGGCCAGAAACACUAAUAUGACAUCCGUCACCCAGCGUAGGAUCCGUGCUCAUCACAAACACCCUCACAUGUGAGCUAGGGAAGAAGGGUUAUCCCCAUUUCACACAGAGGGAAAUGAGGCACAGAGAGAUUAAGGGAGAGAUUUUAAAGGCACAAAUGGAAGUUAGACACCCAACUCCCAUUGAUUUCCAAUGGUGCCUAUUCCCUUUUGUGCCUCUGAAAAUCUCCCCCAAGAGGCUUGCCCAAGGUCAAACAGGAAGUUAGUAGUAAAGCUAACAAUCUCUAGAAACCCAGCUCUAUGCCUUAGUCACAGACCAUCCUUCCUCCCUACGCAAAACAUUUCACAAUUCAAAACAAAACAAAAUUAGAUUUAAAAAAAAUCUAGGUUUUUUUUUUUUACAAAAGAUAAUUAGGAAGUACUAUAUCAGAAUUGCUAAUGGAAAACUAGUUGAAACUUAAAGUUAACAGACAUACAACUCAGAGGAUGCAAUUGCCAUGGAGUGUAGAAGGUACCGUGUAUAAUCAUGUUGUUAUCCCUUUAGACGGUGUUCCCAUGACCUCUGAGCCAUCAGAUUUGUGAUACAAUUUAUGUAUUGACAGACAAACUUGGAAAUAAUUCUUUCUAGCAAGCAGGAUCCUCUUCUCUUUAAAAGCUGUCCAAGCUCACAAGCCUGAAGUGAGAUUAACUUGCUGCUAUACUAUCGCUUGUGCGGCUGGACUGCUGCAUGCUCUGUUUUAUAAUGAGUCAGUGGCUUCGCUCCUCUCCCUCUCCCUCAUCUUACAUGGUAUUGAAAUAGAACAGGGGAAACUGAGAGGGGACGCAGUGGCUCUUCCCAGUUGCCUAUAUAAACAUCUCCACUUGAACUCCAUGUGGCUGGAUCUUUGCAAUCACGGAGGGGAUUUGGAGGGGGUAUAUAGUGAAGGGUAGAGCAAGGAAGCAGGCUCUCUGCCUGCCAUGUUCAGCAUAUUUCUAUGGUAGUUAAUGCUGCUCAAACCAACGCAGCACCGUUUCUCCAACUGCAGCUCCUACUUCUAUCAGAAAGGCAGGCUGACUAAUUCUGGGGAAAGGACUUUAUAGAACACCAUUCCUGGUGGAAGGCUUUGAGCACAAGCAAAAGCAUGGAGAAAAGCUGUAGCAGUUGCUAGAUAACAUAUUCUUGCUGGAUAUUAUUGUCUUCAACUUGCCACAAAAAGUUCUGCAGAGGUGUAGGAACUGCACUGUGGGUUAGAAUACUGCCCAAGUAAAUGAGGCUUGGAAAAGCUGCUGCACCAUUUCAAAGCUUCCAGCUGCCUUCUUGCUCUCUGUCUCCCUUUUCAUGCAUGCUCAGUCCUCCCUUGCCCUUUUCCUUCUCAGCUAUCUCUUGCACUGUAGCUAUUAGUGGCCACAACUAAGCAUAAGUACUUUACAUAGCCUCCUUUCCCAGUGUCAAACAACUUAAAAAUAACUUGGCCAGAUUCUGUUCUCGGAUAGAUCAAUAAAAAUUCAGGGUAAGUGCACUUAAGCCAACAGCGUCCCGCUGGAUUGCCACUGGUGUAAAUGAGAACAGAAUCCGGUGCAACCUCUUUACAGGGGUAUGCUACCAUAGGGGCUGAUCCAAAAUCUAUUGAAGUCAAUGGAAAGCCAUCCAUUGACUUCAGUGGGCUUUGGAUCAGGUCCUUAGCACUAGAAUGAGCCUUCAGACUUAGGCCUUGGCUACACUUGCAGCUGUACAGCGCUGUGAGGUAAACCUGUCUUCGUACAGCUGAGUAGGGAAAGCGCUGCAGUCUGUCCACACUGACAGCUGCCAGCGCCGUGGCGUGGCCACACUUGCAACAUUUGCAGCUGUGUUGGGAGCGGUGCUUUAUGGGCAGCUAUCCCAGCAUUCAUGUGGCUGCAACGUGCUUUUCAAAAUGGGGUGGAGUGUGACAGGGAGCGUGGGGGGAGAGAGAGUGCUUCUUGGAGCGUGUCAGCACUCUAUUUUGCAAGUUCCGAACUCCCGGCCCCCUGCUCAUUUGUUUCACUCACUCAAAGCAAACAGCAAACUGUUUGCUUUUUCUCUGUGGUACGAGCUUUGAAAUCGGCACUUCCGCAUUCCUGCAGCCGGUCACAACAAUGGAGUGGAUUGGCCACUUGACAAGGUGAUCAGUACAGCACUGCAGGUUGAUUCCUGGUACACGCUCACAGGGGAGAGUAGUAGCCACUCCGCUGUAUCUCUUAUGCUUCUCAGGGAGGUGGAGUACCUGCAGCGGUGUACCCAGGGAGAUACAGCGCUGUACGUGCCUUGCCAGUGUAGUCGGUCAGUGAGUUACAGUGCUGUGGGCAGCUUUACAGCGCUGUAACUCGCAAGUGUAGCCAAGGCCUUAGCUCUGAAUGUGGGCUGGCAUGUAGCUGCACUGCCCCAAGAGGAAUACCGGGAAUGAAUUCCAACUCAUAGAGAGAGAGAGAAUUCCUCUCCAGGCUCCCCUUUUGCAUCAAUAUGGGGUAAGGAGAGAGGAGUAGUUUAUUUCAGACUUUAUGAGCUAGCAUACUCCUCCCUGCACAUCUGGUCAACUGGUCUAUUCAGUACACACUCUCUGCCCAUCUCCACCCACUCACAACCCAUUUGCUCCUGGUCGGGGGAGCAAUACUGGGUAUGCAGCCCCUACUCUCCCCGAUGACUAGAGCCUUCUUCUCCCAUAUAACUCUGCGUAGGACCAGGCACAAUCUCAGUGUUAUUUUCCAUAAACAACAAUUGUCAGAUAGCAAAUUCAUAGGGAGAGGAAUUUAAUUUUCAAAUUUCUAAUUGCAGAAGUGCAGGAAAUAAAAAUUACAUCUGGAAAAAACGUCUAGGUUGUUUGCCUCAAAUUUUGGUUUGUAAUAAUACACUUAAGCUACAAAACCUUCUAGAAAGGUUUCCACUUUUAAAAAAUUCCAAUGUACAGAGAGAUUUUGGAAAAGCAAAUAUACAUCAUCUGCAGGGUUUGCAAUCCAAAUAUUGCAGAAUUGGGCUAGGGCCUGAGAAUCUGAAAUUGACUCCAAACAGACCACAAACAGAAUUGAAAUUGACUAGUCUAUAUUCAUUGUGCAAACUGAAAGGCAAAAAACGUAAAAGUAAUAAAAGAGCAUAAACAAUGAAAAGUACAUUUGAUUUCUAAAUUCUUCUGUGUGGAAUAGUCUGUGGUGUUAUUUGUAAUACACAUACGGAAGUUCUAUUUUCUAAACAAACAAAAACCCUGUUAUUUCUCAAUAUGUCCUACACUUAUUGUCAUUUAAAUUGUGUUUGUGUUUGGAAAGUAUUUUAACUGAAUUGUUUGUUUUUCUCCAAUGAGCCAGCUAGACCAGUUGUCUAGCAAGCAGACUAAGAUAGGGACUGCAGACUGAUGCAGCAAAGGAAAAAGCAUCAGCAUGCAAUAAAUACCAUGAAAUCUA